AUGAGACUCAACACUCCUGUCACUGCUCUCCUGAUGGGCCUCUUCGCCUCAAAGGGACUAUGCGCAGAGUCGCCUAUCCAAGGCUACUCAAUCGUUGAUUUGGAAUGGGAAGUUGAGGUUUCGCCUGGCGGCCCAAUGCAGACCUUUACCGGUCCCAUUGAAAAGGUCGUGUCUGAACUUGUCAAAAUCAAUCCAACCUACCUGCAGGACUACAAGAUCCCCAACGCAACUGAAGCUCGAAUGAAUCGAGCUAACAAUCCUCGCUCUGUUGAUGGCUUCGAACAGAGGUCUAGCCUCGAGGCAAGGGACAAGUUUGGUUUCACCCCUUCGUGCACCCAUCGCUGGACACCAUGCGACGCUUGGAUCAUCAGCGACGGCGUCAUUUAUCUUAGAGGAGUGAAGGGUAAGCCCAAGAAUGGUCCUGGCCCAGGUAACUGUGGACGCGUUAGCUGCUCCUACAACUCGGCGAUCUACUGGUGCAAUGAUAACCGCUCGCCGAAAGAGCUCAACUCAUUCCACGAUAUUGCUGAUGGUGCUGACUCCGUUCUGCUUAAAUGUUCUUAUGGCUCUUUGCUUCAGCGACGGACUGGUGGACAGGCAUUCCAUCCGGAUAAGUGGAAUGUUAUUGUUAGGGGUGACAACUGCUAA